AUGAGGCAGUAUGUUCAAGUUCCAACUGUUGAGCAAGAAAAAACCUAUGAUUAUAAUUCUGCUUUUGAACCAAGACCAUGUAUGUGUUUGGGAGUGUGCUGUUGCUGUGCUGCUUUGCGACCUCGCUACAAGCGCCUGGUAGAUAACAUAUUUCCUGAAGAUCCAAAAGAUGGUCUUGUUAAAGCUGAUAUGGAGAAGCUGACUUUCUAUGCGGUUUCUGCACCUGAAAAGCUGGAUCGAAUUGGUGCUUACCUAGCAGAGAGACUGAGCAGAGACGUUGUCAGACAUCGCUAUGGGUAUGUUUUAAUUGCCAUGGAGGCACUGGACCAACUUCUGAUGGCUUGCCAUUCUCAAAGCAUAAAACCAUUUGUGGAAAGCUUCCUUCAUAUGGUGGCCAAGCUUCUGGAAUCAGGUGAACCAAAGCUGCAAGUUCUUGGAACUAAUUCUUUUGUCAAAUUUGCCAACAUUGAGGAAGACACACCUUCAUAUCACAGGCGCUAUGACUUCUUUGUCUCUCGAUUCAGUGCCAUGUGUCAUUCAUGUGACCACGACCCAGAAAUACAAAAAGAGAUCCGAAUUGCUGGAAUCAGGGGCAUUCAGGGGGUGGUUCGAAAAACAGUUAAUGAUGAACUUCGAGCAACUAUAUGGGAACCUCAGCACAUGGACAAGAUAGUACCAUCAUUGCUGUUUAAUAUGCAGAAAAUAGACGAUAUUGACAGCAGAAUAGGCCCUCCCUCCUCUCCUACAGGAGGAGAGAAAGAGGAAAAUCCUGCUUUGCUGGCCGAGAAUUGUUUCAGGGAACUACUAGGACGAGCAACCUACGGAAAUAUGAAUAAUGCUGUCAGACCAGUUUUUGCGCAUUUAGACCAUCAUAGACUAUGGGAUCCCAAUGAAUUUGCUGUUUUGUGCUUCAAAAUCAUCAUGUAUUCUAUACAGGCACAAUAUUCCCAUCAUGUAAUACAAGAAAUUCUUGGACACCUUGAUGUUCGCAAAAGGGACCCACCACGAGUUCGUGCUGGCAUUAUUCAGGUUCUUUUGGAAGCAGUUGCAAUAGCAGCUAAAGGAUCAAUAGGCCCAACAGUUCUGGAGGUUUUUAACACCUUGUUGAAGCAUUUGCGCAUCAGUGUUGACUUUGAGCUGGGUGAUAGCCGCAGUUCAGUGGGAAGUGCCACUUUCAGCACAGGCUCCAAGGAGAGUGAUGAGAGGAUUGUCCAGAAUGCUAUUAUUCAAACAAUUGGAUUUUUUGGAAGCAAUCUCCCAGAUUACCAGAGAUCAGAGAUCAUGAUGUUCAUUAUGGGAAAAGUACCUGUUCUGGGGACGAAUUCACAGUCACUGGAUACCAGUCACCUUGGAGAUUUGGGAACUAGGAGGAUUCAAAUCAUGUUAUUGAGAUCCUUACUUAUGGUCACUUCAGGAUACAAAGCAACGACGAUAACUAAUGCACUUCCUCCCCCAUUUCUGGACCCGUUAUUGUCUCCUUCACUCAUGGAAGACUCUGAGCUAAGGCAGCUGGUCUUGGAAAUACUGCAUAAUCUCAUUGAUCGACAUGACAACAGAGCAAAGCUCAGAGGGAUACGAAUAAUACCAGAUGUUUCUGAUCUAAAGAUAAAACGAGACAAAAUUUCAAGGCAAGACGUGAGCUUCAUGAAGAAGCAUGGUCAGCAGUUGUACAGACACAUCUAUUUAGGCUGUAAAGAAGAAGACAAUGUCCAAAAAAACUUUGAACUGCUGUUUACAUCUCUAGCUCUUAUCACAAUUGAACUCGCCAAUGAAGAAGUGGUUAUUGACCUCAUUCGAUUAGCUAUUGCUUUGCAGGACAUUGCCAUCAUCAAUGAGGAUAAUCUGCCUAUGUUUAAUCGUUGUGGUGUCAUGGCAUUGGUUGCAGCAUAUUUAAACUUUCUGAGUCAGAUGAUUGCAGUUCCUGCCUUUUGUCAGCAUGUCAGCAAGGUCAUUGAAACUAGAAGUUUGGAAGCAUCUUAUUUUCUACCAGAAAUAAUUUUCAAAGACAAAUGCAAUCUUCCAAAAUCCUUAGAGAAGCAUGAAAAAAAUUUAUUUUUCCUGACAAACAAGAUUGCAGAAUCACUAGGAGGCAGUGGAUAUAGUGUGGAAAGAUUGUCAGUUCCAUAUGUACCCCAGGUAACAGAUGAGGACAGACUCUCCAGGAGGAAGAGCAUUGUGGACACGGUAUCUAUUCAGGUGGAUAUUCUGCCUGGCAACAACACGGAGGAUAAGAUUGAUAAUACUGAAGAAAUCACCUUUGAAGCUUUGAAGAAAGCAAUCGAUAACAAUGGAAUUGAAGAACAGGAAAAAGAAAAAAGGCGUCUUGUGAUUGAAAAGUUCCAAAAAGCACCAUUUGAAGAAAUCGCAGCACAAUGUGAAACCAAAGCAAACUUGCUUCAUGAUAGACUUGCACAGAUACUGGAACUCACUAUCCGUCCUCCACCUAGCCCCUCAGGAACGAUGACCAUUACUGCUGGACAUGCUCAUUACCAAUCUGUUCCAGUCUAUGAGAUGAAGUUUCCAGAUCUUUGUGUGUAUUAAGUGUCUUCUGAAGUCUGCUGGACAUUGUUUAGAGUAGAGUACAGUAGAAAGAACAAGAUGAGUUUUCAAAUUUUA